CGUGGAGACGAGUGCAACUCUGUGCGUCUCAUCGUCGUCUGUGAAGAAUUGAGUUGUUGGUACUUUUUUGUGAGAUUUUUGGUUGCAAUUUUUUGUCGGACGUUGGAUUCGUGGUAAUUUUGGUUUAACGUGCUAAGUGGGGAAGAUGAGUUGAGGUUUCUUUGGCUAGGUAAUAGAUCGGAGGCUGUAGUUUGUGCAGCGAGAGUUGAAGUUGAGAAUCUCUAAAACUUACGAUUCAUUUCGACGGUGCAUUCAUUCGCGUAAAUAUCCACGAGAGAUUGUGAAUGAAUUCCGUUGAAUCGCUCGAGGGUUAUCGAAGCGCCACACUUAGCCGCCAGAUGAUUAUCGAAUAAUCGAUUUCGCGGAAAGAAAGAGCCAGGUGACACCGAAAAGAGAUCACGUUCACGAGAGAACGAGCAACGAGGACUUCUGCGAGUUCUGCUGGACAAUCUGACGCAGCGGAAGUGAGGGAGCAGGUACAGGCGUCACGGUCACGUUUGGGAACCGGAAGUUAGCUACCCUGAGCGUCGUUUCGCCGGGUUUCGCGAUCGCUGCGUUCGAAGAUGAAGCGAUUCAACGUGACAGUACUGCUGUUAAUCGCAAUUUCCCAUUCGAGAGCUACCGAAAAACUGAAAAGCAUAUUCUCCUGGAAAGCGUUGGAGUUCAAUUUUCCGAGCGAACACGCGAGAUUGACGGCGAUUAAAAAUGGAGACUUCAUACCUGGUAACUCGUUACCCAUAGACAUGGACGUUUAUCAAACAGAGACAACGUCGACGGUGUUCAUUUCCAUCCCGAGGUUCCAAGAUGGCGUGCCCGUGACCGUGGGUUACGUAACCGAGCAAGUGUCGGAGGACGGAAACCCCAUAAUCGCGCCGUAUCCAAGCUGGAGGUACAAUAAGAUCAACAACUGCGAUACGCUGACCAGUGUUUUCAGAGUUGAGGUAGACGAAUGUGGCCGACUAUGGGUGCUCGACACAGGAAUGAUCGGCUCUAAACGAGUCUGUCACCCGCAAAUCCACAUAUUUUCUCUAGAGCACAACACACUGAUCACCCGGUAUCAAUUUCCGACGGAUCAGUACAAAACUGAUUCUCUGUUCGUCACCGUGGUGUUAGAUAUUCGAGACGGGGUCGACAAAUGCAGGAAUACGUUCGCCUACAUCGCCGACGUCUCAGGAUUCGCUUUACUGGUCUACGAUUUCGCAAAUUCCCGAUCGUGGAAGAUCGUAAACAACCUGUUCUAUCCUUAUCCACAAUACGGCACGUUUCACAUUAAAAAUGACACGUUUGACCUUAUGGACGGAAUCGUGGGACUUGCCUUGGGACCAAUUGUAAAUGGGGACAGGAUUCUGUAUUUCCAUUCUUUGGCGAGCAUAAUCGAAGGAUAUGUGCCUGUCUCUGUAAUCAGGGAUUAUGAAUUGUUCACGAAGAAUUCUGAGUCCUCGCCUAGGUCGUUCGUUCCUUUUGAGGAGGAAAGGAACUCGCAGUCUGUUGCCGAGGCUAUGGAUCGGAACGGAGUACUUUUUUUCGGUUUGUUAUCCAAUUUAGCGAUCGGGUGCUGGAACAGCAAGCAUUAUCCUGAGUUUGGAGGGAGGAAUCUGCUGACACUCGUCGUUGAUCCGGAAACAUUGCAGUUUCCGUCGGGAAUGAAGAUAACAACAUCGAAGAAUGGAUUGCAGGAGCUCUGGGUCCUCUCGAAUUCAUUCCAGAAGUACAUGACCAAUUCUAUGCGUACCAACGAAACGAACUUCCGAAUUCAAGCAGGUUUCAUCGACCAAUUGGUCCACGGAACGAUAUGCGACGCGACCGCUUAUCAAGGAGAUUCGAAUCAGUUGACCACUUAUACUCUUCAGUUACGAAGAGUUCACAACGUAUGGAUUUGUUUCCCUGAACCAAGUUUCAGAAAUUCAUUUAUAUCGUCCAUUUUAUUUCUCGGGAAUUUCGCUCGUGCCGGGAUCAGGUCUCAAGAAAUCAUGUUGACCUGGUGCACGUUGUUACUGUGCCUCAGCGUAGCUUCCCAAGACGUUACUGCAGGCAGAACUCGUUUCAGAAAUGUGAGAAGAGGAUUGAAAGUGAUUCACGAAUGGAAUUAUAUAGAUUAUGAGUUUGCUAGUGAGCAACAAAGGGCAGACGCGAUUCAAACUGGCGAAUACGUUCCUACGAGCUGUUCUCCCAUUGAUGUGGAUACUUGGAACCAAGAAACAUUCGUCACUGUAAUAAGAAGCGCAGGUGUACCAUCCAGCUUGAACACUAUAUCUACUGAAAGUGGCGCCGGUGGUCCUCUACUGAAGCCUUAUCCCGAUUGGAGUUGGACAAACACCAGCAAUUGCGACGGUAUCACCAGUGUCUACAGAGUCGCGAUCGACGAAUGUGACAGAUUAUGGGUAAUAGAUAAUGGUGUGGUCGGUGAAACACGAACAUGUCCUGCUCAGCUUCUUGCUUUCGAUCUGAACACCUCAGAAUUAUUGAUAAGAGAAAAGAUACCGAAUAAUAUUGCGAUAAAUUCCACUUCUGGACAGGGAUUAUUGAUCACGCCGAUUGUUCAGACUUUCGGACCUAACUGUAGACAUACUACCGUAUACAUAGCAGACGUAGAAGGUUACGCUUUGCUCGUGUACGAUGGUCAAUCUUGGCAACGUUUGACGUCCAGUUCUCUCGACUACGAUCCAAAUGCUACGAUGUACACAAUCGAGGGACAAAGUUUCUCGUUGCAGGAUGGUCCUGUGGGUAUGGCCUUGUCUAAAUCGUCAGGCAAUCUUUACUUCAGUCCUAUGUCUUCUUACAAUUUGGAUUUCGUUAACACUCGGGAAAUUGCUAUGAGUCAAGGCGGCAAUGUGAUGUUUGCGAGUUACAACGACGUGUUAACCACUCAAGCCAGCGCUAAAGCUAUGUCCAGAAACGGCGCUCUCUUCUACGGCCUGGUGAACGAUACCUCGAUCGGUUGCUGGAACGAAAACAAGCCACUAACUAGAGAAAACCUUGAUGUGGUCGCCAGAAAUCCCACGACUCUUCAGUUCACCAGUGGAAUGAAGAUUAAAGAAGGCGUAUACGGCGAGAAGCUGUACUUGUUCACUAACAGAUACCAGAAGUUAGCAACGGGAACCUUGAAUGUUACCGAAGUGAACUUCCGAAUUUUGGUAGGAAAUGUGGAUGGAUUACUGGAGAAUACUCGUUGUCAACCGCCUGGACACUUUUCCUUUUGGAAAUAUAUUCUAAAACUCUGA